AUGGCUAAAAGUAGGGGCGGACCCAGUAAUGAAUUCUUAGUUGCAUUUCGUAAAUUCAACUGUUUAGCCUUAGCCGACUACCCUGAGCUAAAAGAUUUGUGGUAUGGCCAACUUAAUCACAUUGUGUUUUGUAAUCUUAAAUCCCUAGUGGUGCAAAGAUGUGGUUUUUUAUCACAUGUACUUCUACCAUCAAAUGUAAUGCAAGCUCUGCGUGGAUUGGAAGAUUUAAAAGUAACAAACUGUGACUCGUUAGAAGCAGUGUUUGAUGUGAAAGGUUUGAAGUCUAGAGAAAUAUUGAUAAAACAAAGCACUCAGUUGAAAAGUUUGACUUUAUCUAGUUUACCAAAAUUGAAGCACAUAUGGAAUGAGGAUCCUCUUGAAGUUAUCAGCUUUGGAAAUUUAUGCAAAGUGGAGGUUUCUAUGUGUCCAAUCUUGUUAUAUAUCUUUUCAUCAUCAUUGUGCCAUGAUCUUGGACAUCUUGAAAUGCUUGAUAUACUGUCUUGUGGAGUUGUGGAAAUUGUAGCAAUAGAAGAAGGUUCGAUGGAAAACAACUUUUGUUUCCCCCAACUGAAUACAAUGGUACUACGUCGUUUGACAAACCUCAAGAGAUUUUAUCGGGGAAAACAUUCUUUAGAGUGCCCUUCAUUGAAGAUUUUGAAUGUAUACCAUUGUGAAGCAUUAAGAAUGUUUUCCUUCAACCAUUUAGACUUCCAAGAGCCUAAUGCCAUGGGCGAAAAUUAUGAUAUGCUAUAUCAACAAGCUCUAUUUUCUAUUGAAAAGUUGAGCCCCAACCUGGAGAUGUUGGCCAUAAAUAGCAUGGAUGUGUUGGAGAUAGUGAAUCAAGAAAAUAUCUUUCAUAAAAUUGAAUUUCUACGUUUGCAAUGCUUCGACGAAACCCCAACUAUUUUUCUGAAUGAUAUCCAUACAUCAUUUCCUAAUCUUAAAAAAAUUCAAGUGCGUAAUAGUUCUUUUGAAAUAUUGUUCCCCACUAAAGGAACCACUGAUUAUUUCAAUAUGGAGAUUUCAAAUCAAAUAGGAAUUUUGUGGAUUUAUGAAUUGGAAAAUCUCAAGCACAUCUGGCAGGAAGACUUUCCAUUGGAUCAUCCUCUGCUGAAAUAUCUUGAAGAGUUGUUUGUAUCAAGUUGUCCAAGUUUGAUAAGCUUGGUACCAUCGUCAACAUCUUUCACAAAUUUAACAUUUUUGAAAGUGGACAAUUGCAAAGAGCUUAUUUAUUUAAUAACAUCCUCAACAGCUAAAAGUCUUGUACAACUCACAACAUUAAAAAUAAUGAAUUGUGAGAAGAUGUUGGAUGUUGUGAAACAGAUUGAUGAAGAAAAAGCAGAGCAAAACAUCAUAUUUGAAAACUUGGAAAACUUAGAAUUUACUUCUUUGCCAAGUUUUAGAAGCUUCUGCUAUGAGAAACAAGCAUUUGUAUUCCCAUCUUUCAUACGUUUCAUUGUUAAAGGGUGCCCUCGAAUGGAGAUAUUCUCAUCAGGAGUCACGGUAGCACCAUACCUGACAAAAAUUCUUGUGGAAGAAGGAAAGAUGAGAUGGAAAGGUGACCUUAACAGAACUAUUGAUCAAUUGUUCAUAGAAAAGGAAGUCCCACAUUCUAAUGUUGAAUGAGACCAUUAUAUCAUUAGUAUUUGCAAGGAAAGAUAAUCGGUGUGCUGACAGGAUUGUCUCUCUUGCGCUUAGUAUGUGUUUGGUUUUGCGGUGGACAGAAUUGAUUUUGACAGAAUUGAGUUUGACAUAAUUGAUUUUAAUAGAAUUGAGUUUGAUAGAAUUGAUUUAUGUUUGGAUAUAUUCAUACAAAAGUGAGUUGAACAAAGAAUUUGAGUGUAAAAAUCAAUUCUAGAAUGAGAAGCUACAAUUUCUAGCUUCAAGUAGAAUCCAUUCUGGAGGCAGAAUCAAUUCUACUUUUGAGGAACCAAACAAGUCAGAAUCCAUUCUACAUGUCCAGAAUCAAUUCUGGCUACUCCAGAAUUGAAACCAAACAUACACUUAGUGGUUCUAGUUUCACUUGGUGGGUUCAUGUUCUCUCUGAUGUCUCCGGAGCUUAUCAUUGUAAUAGGCUUGGUCUUCUUGAAUUCAAAUUGCACUCUUUUUUUCUUAAUCAAGGUUUUAUCCCGGUGGGUUUUCCUUAUUAAGGUUUUUAAUGAGGCAGUUGAACAACUUAUUUGGUUUGUACUAUUGUUACCUUGGAUUUUGUUCUAGUU